AUGCUGCGCUUCAGCAUGCGGCCUGAAGACUUCACCCCCUCAGAACUCCCGGCCUUGGAACUCUUGGCCUCUGACCUCACAGCCUCAGAACUCCUGGCCUUGGAACUCUUGGCCUCUGACCUCACUGCAUCAGAACUCUCGGCCUCGGAACUCCCAGCCUCAGCACAGGCCUGGCAUGGCAGCUUCUUGGCACAGUAUGGUGGUCUCUUGGUGCAGCGUGGCAGUCUGCCAUCCCAACGUAGCGUCCUCGUGGCCUGGCAUGUGGAAGCGGAGGUUCAGCAGCAGGUUGACACGAUGGUACAGCCUAUGCCUGGAUAUGGCGAGCUGCUGGAGAAAGGCUUCUCCCGGAUGAACACUGCGAUGGCUGAGUGCACGGACUGCGGCUUCGAGCUCUCCAAAAGGACCCUACUGGAGAAUGCAUCCCUCACCGUAAACGAGGGGUUUUUGUUCCUGAUUUGUGCCGUGGCCUGGACUCUCCUUCGGAAGGCUGCUUCGCGUUACCUUUUUCAGCCAUUAGCUCACUGGUGUGACCUGCCACUCCGAGAUGCUGCCAAGAUGCCAGAAAGUGCGUGGAAGCUGACUUUCUACACGGCCUCCUGGUUCUACAGCACCUACCUACUCUUCCUGACAGAUUAUCCCUUCUUCCACGACCCACCAUCCGUCUUUUAUGGUACAUAUAUCAUCCUGCUGGUGGUGAAGGUCCUGACUGGCCAAGUCUCGGAGGUCAAUGAUGUGCGAGAGUAUGACAUUGAGGAUAGUUCAAGUCCAGCUGUGUACAAGAAAUAUGAUCAUCUUCAUUCCUCGAAGGACGGAUACCAGACAAUCUCUGGUACAUCCCUUCAACAACCACUCUUCACAAACUGGAGAGGGUCUGAGCAGCGAUCAAGAGUUGAAAGCAAAAACAGAAAUGGCUGGAGAAAGUCAGCAGGUCCGGCAGCAUCUGUGGAGAGAAGAACAGAGUCAAUGUUUUGAGUCCAGUGACGCUUCUUCAGGAUGGCUUUGGAGCUUUGUUUGCUCUCUGUCUGGACUGUGAAAUGGCGUCCAAAAAUCAGACAGUAACCAGGAGGUACAUAAUCGCUGGACAGGCCUCAGAUAAUCCUCUGUACCUGACCACACUCGCUCUGAGGCACCAGUUCAGCUAGUGAUUGUGUAUCUAGAAGAUCCCCAGAUCCCCCUCACACCACAUCCAACCACCACAUCCUGAUGACUAGACGUAAAAAGUCAAUCUCAAUGAUUUCACUCUUAUCACUUGUGUGCCAACGGUCUUGCCUGUUUCUGCAUGUCUUCCUGAUCUAAAGUAGAACACUGCAACCAUAUGAUAAUGGGACAUAAAUACUUUGUACAAAACAAAAUAAAAGGAGAGAAACAUUAAA